AUGCCCGCCGACCUACCAGGAUACCACUUUGAUCCCGCUACAAACCGAUACUACAAGAUCCAAGCGAACCACAUCGCACCCUCCGGAUCCAACUACAGUCGCCAAGCAGUCAACGCCGCCAAAGUGAUCAAGCGGACCCAGCACCAAAAAGAAGCCGCUCGCCGCAGCAAACAUGCCUCGACGGUGACGCGGUCCAAAGUCUCGCAGACACCAUUACUGUCAUUCGAUCGGCGACUAGGCAACUUACGCACCAGCGCCAGGACCUAUGUACGAGAGUACUACGCCGCCAGUCUGUCCGGAGCAGACGCCUUCAGCCGGCCCGUCACCAUGCCCCGGAUUUUGGGACAUGAAUACGCUCCCUCAGGACUGGCGGAACAGUUUGCCGUUGCCGAAUAUUCUGGGUCGUUGCUCACGGCCCAGACGUAUCGAGCGGCUGGUGAGCGGACCUUAUCUCUUUUGCUUGCAUUCGAUCGACCACCACAGCAACACCAACAGAACAGUACUUCUUCUGUCGUGCGAGAUUACCAUUUUUACGAUACCAACGACAACCACAAUAACGACUCUGAUGAUGAUGAUGACGAUGACAAUGAAGCUCAACAACACCCACAAAGCUGGCCCAUGACAUUCGGCCCCGAACAACCCAGUACUCAAGGCCACUUAUAUUCCCCCCACAACCGACGGAUCUUACAGAGCGCCCCCAAAAUCGACUGUUUGAAAUGGAUCGGUCCACGACUCGUAUGCUGGACACACGAGACACCACAGAGUCCACCACAACUUGCCCAGGAUCCCACUGCCAUUCUCGAUCCGGACAUGACCCAAUUGGAUCCAGAACUUGAAUCAGAAGAAAACUACUAUGCGAAUUCUUACCGGUUCCCUCAAUCCGACCUAAUCCUAUCGCACUACUCAUCCGCCUCCUCUUCCGACCCCGGCUCUCGCGCCAUCGGUCUCGACAUGGUAGUAAAACUACGUUUCCAAGCGCGGAUAUUGGAUCUCGCUACUCCUCCCACCGCCUCUCCCAACAUCUCACCCAACUGUCUCGCCAUAGCAACCAGCUCCGGCGUCUCCGUAAUGACCGAUCUCGAAUACGCACAACACGUCACCCAAACACCCGUGCGCGGCGAACAGAUGAAAGUCGCGUUCAAAGAUCCCAAUGUUUUAAUGGCUGGGUCGAGAGCAGGGAGGUUAGUUUUGUGCGAUAGUCGAACAAACACCCAACAAACAUCCUCCUCAACCUCCACCUCGUCGUCAUCCUCCUCAUCAGCUCUACGAAUCCAACACUCCAGCGCAAUCAGUGGCAUCGCCCCCCUCCCCGACGGAAACCGCGUCCUCGUCAACGGAUUGACAGAUAUGAAAAUCUACGAUUUACGUUUCAUCUCGGCUCCCACCAGAAACCCUCCUACUACCCACACCCACCGUCACAACAACAAACAUCACCAUUAUCAACCUUCAAAAUACAACCAACGUAUCUACACCCCCUCGAAUGCUCUAAUCACAUUCAACGUCGACCAAACAAGACGACAAAACAGGUACGGCUUAGCAUUCGCUUACGACCCCGAACUCGAUAUCGUCCUCAGUGCCUCGACUGAUAAUCUGCACAAUCAUCGUGUCGGUCUCUGGUCCGCUGCUUCGGGUCAAUUGCUCGACCGUUGUCCGUUGAAUAAUCGUGUCUUCAAGGAGCCCGUCACUUGUGCCGAGAUCGUGCGUCUGAGAGACGGGCCUAAGAGUAUCUUGCUGGCUAGCGCGGGCAAGCUUGAGGAAUGGUGUGUUCAGGGCAGGGGCUUCGAGUGUGAUCAAGAAUAA